AUGCGUCAAAAAAGGGCGAAAGCGUAUCGCAAACUCAUGCAUCUCUACUGCAUGUCCUUCGGAUUUCGACAGCCAUACCAAGUGCUGGUCGAUUCAGAAUUUUGUAAAUCAGCGGUGGUCCAGAAGCUUGAUCUGCAGAAGCAGCUACAUACCGUCCUACAAGGAGACGUGAAGCCAAUGAUGACACAAUGCUGCAUACACGAACUCUAUCUUCAAGGAAGAGACAUGCAGCCUGCGGUUGACCUUGCGAAGACGUUCGAGCGCCGGAAAUGCAACCAUCGCGAAGCUAUCCCGGGAGAUGAGUGCCUAUCGAGCGUCGUUGGUGAUAAAAACAAGCAUCGAUAUGUUAUUGCCUCCCAACUUCAGCCCCUCCGCGUCAAAUUGCGUGCGAUACCUGCGACCCCACUUGUUCAUAUCAAUCGUUCUGUUAUGGUCCUUGAACCCCCAAGUGAUGCAACUUUGAAAGCAAAGGAAUCUACCGAAGAGCAAAAGCUCCAUGCUUCUGCCCCAGAUCUUGCAUUAGUUGGGACAUCAAGUCAACCAGCACCACCGCCGAAGAAGCGAAAAGGACUGAAAGGCCCGAAUCCACUGAGUGUCAAGAAAAAGAAAACUGAACCAGGGCCACAACCCCGGCGAAGUACUAGUAAUCCUGCUCGAGAUAACAGUUCGACAUCCAAGAAACGAAAACUAGAGGAUGAUGAAAGCGAACAUGAGAAAGUACGGUUAGACUCUGAUAAAGAGCAGGGAACAGCAACAGACGCUGGUCCCAAAAAGAAGAGAAAGAGACGGCGGAAAAUCCAGACCCAGCUGAAUGAAGGCAGUAACUUAGAAUCAGCCACGGACAUAGUAACAAAACCAUAA